AUGCGGGUAUUCAAAUGGACUUCAUUAUUCCAUGUCGACAAAGAACCAUCAAUUGUUCCAGUUUGGUUUUCUCUCCCGAAGCUUCCGAUUCAUUUCUUCAAGAAGGAAUGUCUGUUCCACGUAGUCUCUUGCUUGGGUAGGCCAUUGUUCAUGCAUGCUGCAACCACUUCGCUGGCUCGACCAAGUGUAGCUCGUGUAUGUGUGGAGGUUGACCUGAUGCAGCCUCUCCCCAAAUGUGUAUGGGUUGGAGUUGGGACAGGUGAUUCCGAGGGGUUUUGGCAAGUGCUGCAGCCUGAAAAUUUGCCGAUCUAUUGCUCCUUCUGCUUCCGUCAGGGCCAUGACAUGGGAGGAUGUCAUGUGAAACAUCCAGAGUUGCAGGCAGCUAUGCAGAAACGGGAGCCGCAACGACAGGAGACGCAGGCUGUGAGCUUUCGCCCCAAGCGGGCUGGUAACGUCGGAAGUCUUACUGACGUGGGUUUGGCUGGGGGCUCCGUGUCUGCAAACCUUGCAAUGCCUGCUGACUCGUCGGCGAUAGCUGACGAGCCAACGGCAACGGCGACGGCUGAGGCUCUGGGCAGACACUCGGCCCAUCCAGCGGCAGCGGAGGCGAGAGAUGCUUUGGCUGGGCAGUCUGGCGCGCAGGCUGAGGGAGCCUUGUUAGCUCCUGUGGUGGAGGCAGAGAAGGAGCUCGACCAGAGUUGUGAUGGACAGGAGGCGCUGGUGGUACGGCCUUCGUUAACGUCACCUUGCACUGAGGCUACGGGCAAGGCGGGGAACACACUAGAUGGUCAAGUUGCAGCGACAACCCAGUAUGAGCAGGAUGGGGAGGAAAGUAACAGAACGGAUGGGCUUGCAGUGGGAUCAGAGGGGGAGGAGGAGGAGAUUCAGCAUGUAGAGCGGGUAGCAGGGAAUUUGUCGCCGCGAAGCAGAGUGGUGGGUGGGCAGAGGGAGGCGGGGUCGUUGGUUAUUGACAUCUUUAAUUUGGAUCCAUUAGUUCAGCAAGUUCAGGCAAAGGUUCACGCGGAGGGGAGGAGAAUGCAAUCGUGA